AUGCUUCAUCCGAUCCUCGAUAUUAGCAACUUUAAUGUGAUUCUGACAUUCUCAGGAAUAUAUUUACUGGUUUUCGCCGUACUUUCCCUCAAGUUAAAGCAGAGAUGGUACCUGGGUGAAGCUUUGCCAUCAUUCGUGAUCGGGGUCAUUCUAGGUCCCGUUUGCGCCAACUUGAUCGAUGCGAGACGAUGGGGUGGUCAUGUUGAGGAAGGUCAGAUUGCCUACCUCACAUCUUUGAUCAUUGGAUCAUGUGUCAUCUGCAUUGAUCCCAUUCUUUCUCAGGCCAUUGCCAAAGGGCCCUUUGCCGACAAGUAUGUUCGACGCCACCUGCGAGAGUUUAUCUCCGCCGAGGCUGGCGGAAAUGAUGGCUUUGGCUUUCCGUUCUUAUUACUCUCUAUUUCUAUUCUACGCUAUGCCGACGUACCGCAGAGUGGCACGACGAAACGUGACUGGAUAGGAGCAACAGACACGGGGCGAUUAGGGGGCGAUGCUGGUCGUGCAUUGGCACACUGGGCUGUCGAGGGCGUGCUAUACAUGAUAAUCAUGGGCUCGGGAUAUGGGUUGUUGGUGGGAUUCGUGGGACGCAAGGGCUUGAACUUGGCGUCGAAAAGGCGAUGGAUCGAUAGAGAGAGUUUUUUCAUAUUCCCAGUGGCAAUCGGGUUAUUCAUUGUGGGCACCUGUGGGUGCUUUGGAUCCGACGAGACUCUGGCCUGCUUUAUCGCCGGAUGUGCAUUGAACUGGGACGGCCUUUACCACGCCGAAGUCGAGGCGCGACAUGAUUCCUUCAACUCGGCCAUCGAGGUGAUUUUGAACUUUGGCACCUUCAUUUUCAUCGGGAUCAGCAUGCCUUGGGACCAAAUGCACCUGCCCCAGGUAACGGGUAUCACGAUCUCGCGCCUCAUUACUCUGGGGAUUUUACUAUUGCUGUUUCGCCGUAUCCCGGCCAUCAUGCUUGGCUAUCGUUUUAUGCCAAAGAUCUGCCACUCGUGGAAAGAGGCGUUUUUUAUGGGCUAUUUUGCACCAAUUGGUACGUUCACUAUGGCCCUCUUCGCUGCGUGGCUAGCCACUAACCUAGUAGGUGUGGGAGCCAUCUGCUAUGUGGAAUAUGCACGUCGACUGCUCCCUGAUCCUGAGCAGAGCGAUAGCGAAAUCAACCGGUUGACAGCCGCCAUGAUUCCUGUGGUUUAUUGGCUGGUCUUUUUCUCCAUUGUGGUUCAUGGACUCUCGAUCCCAGUCCUAAACGGCAUUUACAAGUGGCUGCAAGUCCCUGCCAUUCGAGAUCAUCCAGUUGAAGUCAUGCUUCUCUCCGAAAACGAACCAAUCCCGAACAAUAGUGUAGUGGAUCGCCGCGUGCACUCCGUUAUAUUAAACAAUCGGUUUUCUCGCAACUUGACUAUGGAUUCCGACGAACACGACGAGCCAGAUACGAUCAUGUUACGCUCCCGGGAGCAGGAGGAUUAUGCGGAAUCGUCGCGGUCUUCCACGAAAGGGUCUCUGCGUGAGGUUGAACAGGAAUGGCAUGUGGUUUAG